GCAGUGGGCACGAGGCGUAGUCUCUUUGGGCGGAGGGUGACUUGAUGGUGGUUUAUCUCUGGUUAUAAAGUCCACCUAUUUAGUUAAAACUCUACGAUGGAGCUGUACAGGUGGAAAAACUGCUCCGCCGAACCAAACCCAGCUCGUUUGUCGUGGAGUAUCAUUAAAGACAUCUCACUCAUCUGUUGUGGUGCGCAGCAUACUUUAUUCCUCACCGGCGAUGGCACAGUGUUGUCCUGCGGACAAAACUCCAAAGGACAACUCGGUCGAAAUAGUCUCGAAGAUCAGACGAAGCCAGGACGUGUGUCAGGUUGUAGAAGAGCGGUGAGCUUGUCCUGCGGUCAGGACCACUGCCUCUUGCUGUCUACAACUGGAGACCUGUACUCCUGGGGGGCAGGUGGUGAUGGACAACUUGGCAUUGGACACAUAACAUCUAUGAUCCAAACACCAAGUCUGCUGCAUUUUCCUGUACCAGUAGUCCAAGUAGCGUGUGGAAACUCCCAUUCCUUGGCUUUAACGAAAGCCGGAGACGUGUUUUCAUGGGGCUCCAACAGUCACGGCCAGCUGGGUUUAGGGAGGGAUGUGCCCCUGCAGCCCUUCCCUGCCCUGGUGCCCUCUCUCACGGGGAUACCAGUUACCUUGAUGGCGGCCGGCGGGACUCACAGCCUGUUCAUCGCUCUCUCAGGGCUAGUCUACUGCUGCGGGGCCAACAAACUGGGCCAACUGGGACUCAACAGAGUGGAUGAGAAGGGUAGGUUUAACAUUGUUGCAGUACCAUCCCUCAAACCACUAGAGGUCACCGCUGCAAGCUGUGGCGCAGAACACUCUGUUGUCCUAACAAAGGAUGGGAAGGUUUUCACCUUUGGAGAUGGAAGCCACGGUCAGCUGGGCCACUGCUCUGCUGCCGGUGAACUAGUACCCCGAGAGGUCCAGGGACUCGAUGAACCCGUCUCACAGAUUGCAUGCGGCAGCCACCACACCUUAAUACUGGGCUCAUUGGGACACAUUUGGACCAUUGGCAGCGAGGUUAAAGGUCAAAGUGGGAGUGAUGGUUCAACACCAGCUCUUGUACAACUGCCAUGGGCCACUGAUGGUGCAGCAACUGUACCUAAUGAGUUGAAAAUAGCUGCUGGAUGGAACACAAACUUCCUCUACUCACCUGCUGAGAGUUUGACAAGGGACUUGACCAUCAGCCGGUUUGAUGAAAAAAAAAUACAAAAGUGGCAGGCAAUGGAGAAAAGCGAUCAUGAGGCUAUAGAGGAAAUACGGUCAAUGUUGGUUUCAAGUUCGAGCCUUGUUGCUGCUUUCGCAAAACCCAAUCUGUCUCCAUCGACUACAGGGGAAUUGAUUGCUGAUGUUGAGGCGGCUGCCCAGACUUUUGACCAGCUGCUGAAGAUCCCAUGGAUCAAAGAAAGAGCUAAGACCAAAUAUAUAAAUAUAUUAUAAAUGAACCGCAUCGUUAUUGUCGACCAUCUCCUAAACGCAAGGACUGUGCUAAAGUCCCCUGAUGCACUCCUGGUUCUUCUGACAUGUCCUCUUCUUCAAGAGGACCACAGCAUGAUGGAUGAGGUCAUCCCACUGGCUUUCAUUAUUACUGAGCUAAAUGGAAAGAUGUCCGGGUUACUAAGAGGUUGUUGGUCUUCCCUGCCCCCUGCCAUCCUGACCAAUCACAUCGAGGUGUUCAAACGGGCCCUGUCCUUCCUUCUCAUGAAUGGCCUUCUGGAGUCUCAUGACAAUCAGAUCAAAAUGUUGCUGGAGACCCUCAAGAUGCUCUACAAGGCUAAUAAAGCUGGCCGGUCUCUGAAGGUUCCACUGAGUACUUUUUAUGUAGACCAAAUUGAACACUCACAGUACAAUGCUUUUGAGGAUGUGGGCCUUUGGAUUGCAUUCUCACAAAAGGAGGCAAAGGAGAACGCACCAGCCAUCUUCUGCCGGUAUCCAUUUGUGUUAAAUCUCCCUUGCAAGUUGGCGUCCUUUAACAUCCACGCAAAUUAUCUCAAGAAUCAACACCGUCAGGAGUUACACGUCUCCAUGGUGGAGCCAGAAUUUGAAGUUAGUCUCCGGGGGAACCCUGAAGCGGCGCCAGGGUUCCAGCUCAAACUGAGACGAACACAUCUUGUUGAAGAUACUUUACGCCACCUGUCUUCAGCCGACCACUCUCUUUUCAAGAGGCAACUCUUGGUGCACUUCACAGAAGAACUGGAAUUUACCUCCAAAGCAGUCAACCAACAAGACUUCUUCAUCAACGUGUUUGAGGAGCUCAUGGACCCUGGGUCAAAAAUGUUCAUGUAUAAUGAAGGCCAGACACUAGCUUGGUUCCCUGCCCAGGUUGACCCGCCCAGAUUGGAGAAGUACUUCCUGUUUGGAGUUCUAUGUGGCAUUGCCUUGAACAACUACAACAUCAUCAAUCUGCCUUUCCCAUUAGUUCUCUUCAAGAAGCUGGUCAACGUGAAACCAUCCUAUGAAGACAUGAAAGAAUUUGAGCCAGUAGUAGCAAGGAGUUUGAAUAUCAUUUUGGAAGACUACACCUCUGAGGACUUUGAGAAGUUGGACCUCAUCUUCACGGUGCACUGGGAUGGCAGAAAAGUGGAACUUGAUUCAACAGCAAAAGGGAAGCCUGUCUCAUGUUUCAACAAGAAAGAGUUUGUCGAUGCCUACAUCGACUACGCCUUCAACAAAUCAGUUGAGAAGGUGUUUGAAGAGUUCAAGAGGGGCUUCUUCAAGGUGUGCAGCAGAGACGGGGUAGAGUUCUUCCAGCCGGAAGAGUUACGAGGCGUGAUGGUGGGCCAGGAGUUCACUGACUGGAAUGUGAUGAAGCAGAACACAGUGUAUGAAGGAGAGUACAGCGAAACACAUCCCACUAUCAUAACCUUCUGGGAGGUGUUUGAUGAACUGACCGAGGACGAAAAGAAACGUUUUCUCUUGUUCCUCACAGGUCUGGAUCGUGUACCCAUUAUCGGGAUAAUAAAAGUAAAGAUGACGGUGGCGAUCCUGCCAAAUGCCACAGAACUCCAUUUCCCAGAAGCCCUCACUUGCCAUUCCAUCUUACUGCUACCCAACUACAGGAGAUAUCCCACCAAGAGGACGCUAAAAAGCAUGCUGUUGGCAGCCAUUUACCACACUAGAGGCUUCUGGGAGGAAUGAUAAAGCCGCCUUAAGAUGUUCGGUCACACCAUACAUCCGUUGAUUGGGUUCAUUCAUUUUUGCACCAGAUACCCAACUGGUAGACUCACUGAUAUAUUUAGCUUUUAAGACGUUAAGUUGUUGAUCAUGUAAGCACACAAUGUGUCUAUUCCGUUAUCAGAUCAGUACGUUUUAUGUUCUCGUUUGAAAUGGCCUUGUACAAGUAAGGAUUGCAUCCAGGCAGAUUGGCCAUCGGGAAGAUCAGGAUGUUUCCCGGUGGGCCGGUCCACUUUGAAAUGUAUUUUGGGAGCCCCCUAGUGGUAAGAGCCGAACACUGCGGCCAGUGCCCACUUGCCGUUGUAUUUAG